UAGUCUACUUGUUGAAGAUGGUGAACGUGUUUCCGGGCGGCGUGUGGGCGAACGAAGUGGCGAAGACGUACGCGUUGAAGUACAACGAGACUCUGCCCGAGAACUGGCUGACCAUGCUGGCCUCCUGUCCGGCACUCUCCAUGUCGGCCACCAUAAACGGUGAAGUGGUGCUUUACGCUGACACCACCAGACUGCAGCAGCAGCAGCAGGCGGAGGAUGUCGCCGACAUUAACGAAGCAGAACUAAGACUGAGUAAUUCUGAGAUUCAUUCGCCGCUAGAACAGGAAAUAGUCCCCAUUACGGAAACGGUCCUGCCGUCUGAUAACUGCUGGGAUGUUUUCAUCUCCAAUUUGGAAUCCAGCAACGCAGUCUAUGUCAGGCUCAUCGGCGAACAAUACAGUGGGAAGUAUGAAUCUAUGAUUGAUGAAAUGGAAAGAUACUAUUCGGAAGGGUUUGGCUCGAGAGUUCCACUGGAAGCAAUCGAAAUUGGCUUGCUCUACGUCGGGCAGCUGAAUGACGCAUGGUUUCGCGUGUGUGUGUACGACAUACUCGAAGACGAUCAACACUUCAAUUGUUUACUGAUCGACGUCGGCGAGUGGGAGAAAAUCAAGAAAUGUGAUGUGUAUUAUAUGGAAAGACAAUUUUGCCGUCUACAGCGUCAGGCUGUGCUGUGCUCUCUAGCGGAAAUCGACAAAUUGGAAGACGACGUACUCUAUAACGAAAUCCAUGAGCUUCUGUUUGGCAAAGUGUUCGUGGCUACCGUCGACUCACGAGACGACGAUAGUAAUGAGUAUAGUGUGACAUUACAUGACACGUCAGUCGAUCCCAAUGUCAAUAUCAACAAAAAAAUCCGGAAUCUCAUCGACUCAAUGCAUCAGCCUCUCAAUUUACUCAAAAGCAGUGUGAUCAAAGAGGUGUACGUGAGUCACAUCAAAGAGAACGGCAAUCUGUUUGUGCAGCUGCAGACGCCUCACUUCGACGAGCUGACAAAGCUGUGCCAACAACUGGACGAGCAACACAUUGUGACGCAUCGAGUGCCGUCGGCCGCCCUCCUCACCAAAGACAAGCGCUACUUGGCCAAGUUCUCUGCUGACGGCGAGUACUAUCGCACUGCUCUCACCGGCGAGCCCGCACCUCACGACAACGAGGUGGAGAUGAUGUUCAUCGAUUUUGGAAACGUAGAGAAAGUGAAUGUGGCUGACAUUUCUAAAUUGGAGGUGCUUUCUCCUGCUCUCUACAAAAUACAUCCUCAGGCUGUUGAGGUGAAACUGCACGAGGUGACGGUGGACCAGACGGGCUACAAGAAGCUGAAGGAGCUGAUCCCGGUGUCUGAGAUGGUGCUUGUGAGGGUGUUGGACGACGCGUGCGCACCACCGGAAGUGGAGGUGUUUCGCAGGCACGUGCAGGCAGACGGCACCAAUCAACUCGUCUCUGUCAACUCCACCAUCGCCUUUGAACAGUCACUCGCCAAGACCAACCAGUUGCGCAGGUCGAUCAGAAGGAAAGGAGAAGUUACUUCAGCGGCCCCCCAAGCACCAUCCCUCUCCCCCAAUGGCUCUCCGCCUCGGAUCACCAACAAUAAAAUUCCAGAGACAGUGCAUCACAAACUGGUCGCCCCCCACAUCCCCGAUAACAGUAGUGAGUUUUUCGACGUCUACAUUCUACUGGCUGUCAAUCCGACUAAUUUUAUGAUUCAACCGCUUACUACAGUGCGCAAACUGGGUGAGCUGACAUGCGAGAUGACGCGCUUCUACCAGCAGCACGCCGGCCAGUUUGCUGUCAGGUCAGACGACCUAAUCGUGGGCGGGCUGUACGCGGCCCUCAGCGAUGGCGAAUUUCUCCGUGUGACUCUGGCGUCGAAAGUGGACAGCACCAUGCUGUCGGUGUAUGUGUGUGACAGCGGGGACUACCGCAUUGUCGACGUGGACGACCUCAGGUACCUCGACGCCAGCUUCACCAAGCUGCCCUACCAGGCCGUCAAGGCUACACUCUUUGGGAUCCGCGCAGUGGACGGUGAUUGGAGCACUGAGAGCUGCUUCUUCUUCCAGCGGCUGGUGGUCGAGAAAGACCUCGUGUCGGUAGUGAAGGAGAGGAUCCCCGACCCACAGGGCAAGCAUCCGUUUAUGCUCAGUCUCAUUCUCAUCGAUACAAGCGGCGUUGAAGACAUUAAUAUUAGACAUGAACUCGUCAAAAACAACAUAGCGGUGCUCACCGUAAACACGCAAAGCACGUGAUUGGUGCUUUAGCGCGUCUUUAUAGUUACUAAGCUUUUCUAUCAAAAUCUGUUGACUGAAUUUCCUUCAAACUUUGUUCAAUUGAGAAAGUUUCCAUUUUGUCUCAUCCAAGAUGAGUACCAAUUUUCCAAAUAUUAAACCAAAACACCUUAGCAUGGUACUGAUCCCGAUUAAGUUCGAUCGAAAAUUAAAUUUGAUAUCGCCCUUUUUUCUAAUCAUCAUUAGCUCAGCAGGUACUAUUGUUCUGCCAAUAAGUUCUGGCCCUGGCUCAGAAAGUUCUCUAAACGGUAAUAAUAUUUUCUAGUCUUGAUCAACUACAUCACCUACGUCUCAGGAACCAUAAUAAUUAUAAUGUAUAAUCAUGUUUCGUAUCUCACUGCAGUUGCCAUUAUUAAUUUUGUAUUAUUAUUAAGUGUAAAUUAUAUUGCAAAUGUUUCUGGCUUACAUGAAAACAAUGAACAGUGCAAUAAUAGUAAAGUGAUAUAUGCAUGGGUAUAAAACCCGUUGGAAGGUAAUUUUGAGUUACUUGUCUUAUUUUUUGAAGAGAAGUACUUUUUUCCAGAUUUCGAAAGGAAUAAUAUUAUAGAAGAAGAGAUCUAAACAUAUUUAAACAUGAUAAUAUUUUUUAUGUAUGCCGAAGGCAUAUUCAUUGCCGAAGGACCUUCUCAGACUUAUGAACCCAUCCGUGUUUUUAAAAGUGAAUGUUAUAUUACACACUACUUCAACCACUUGUAAUUUCAGAUUUUUGACUUUGAUAAUAUCUUCAAAUAGGUGAAGAUAAGGUGAAGGUAGGAAACUUGGGCCUAUGAAGAAAGGAAUUUACCUUUCUUGAUAUUAGUAAAGGGUGAUAGGCCUACUGCAUUGGAGAUUCUUAUUGAAUAAAAGGACUGGACGUUGUCAUAAUCUCUUAUACAUUGAAUAAAAUGAGAAACUAGUUUCAAUUAGACCCUUAUUUUUAUCCAUUUAACAGAAUUCGGGGCCUUCCCUUUAGUGACUCCAUAAAAAAACAUCAUAAGAAUAUAUUGCUAGAGAUCGAUAAUUUGUGUGACCAUGUAAACUGUAUUCAUGAUUUUUCAAUGAAUUUGAAUGUAUUUUACUCGUGAUGUCUUCUAUCCGUUUUAUUCAAAAGACAUUGUGAUUUAGAGGAUUUAGAUCCAAUAAGGAAGAGAUAAAUUUUUUGAAAAUUCAUGAUAAUGAACAAUUUUUUGUCUUCAUUGGACUAAUUAAAGAAAAUUGAGAGUUGAACCACUUUAAAAUUCGUAAUAGAAUUGGUGACAGGCUGAACCCCAAUUUUAAUUACCAAUCCAGAUACAUAAGAUACGAUAAAAAGAACACGAGUUAUAUAGAUAUGUAUCAAGAGGCAGAUAGACCUAUUAGUUUUGAGGUCAACCUGGCGUGACUAGUCAUGAAAAGUCGUAGUGACCAACAUGCAGCUGUUAGAGCCAUCGAUUUAUGCUCAAUCAAUUUGUUGGUAUAGUAAAUCAAUAUUAGCUUCCGCUUUACGACAUUAUUGUCAAGUCUUAUGCCUCCGCUACACUUUCGCCGAGUUUCGAAUGUCAACAUCUCCGAUUGACAUAAAUCGGAGUGAAAGAGAGAGAGAGCGGUGGUUCACACUCGCGUUCGUCGUCAUUCGUACCAACUCCGUGAGAGUAAAGCGCCGGCUUCAAAGAGCCUUUCGGCUUCUACUCAAAUAGGCACUAUCUCAGCUUACAUAUCCCACUCAAUAAUAAUAAUAAUAUUAGGUAUUAUCAAUCAAUUAUUAAUACAGGUUAGAAAUUAAAAUGCAGUAUUUCAGUUUGAAAGUGUUUUCCCCAACACUUGUAAUAGCUGAUUCCUGCAUGCCGCGCAGAAAACUGAAACGGUCGUGUUCAAAUGAAUUGAAUCGAUGUGCAAUAAACUUUUAGAAUGACCAAUGAAUAGGCAUUAGUCCAAUUAAUUAGACCUUCCAGAUUCAUCAGCAAUAAUUACUUUCUUUCGAUGAACUUCAAAAUUUUUCUCUUGAUUCACGAAUUAUUCUUCUUCCUCCAAUAAUCGUUCACUUAUGCCAAGAGCAAGUUGCUUGAUCUCUUCCAUCUCUCUUCUUGAGAACGAAUUUCCAGGAGCGAUGAGGACAUAACAAUAGUAGACGUUUAAUGAGCAUAAUGACAGCUCAAGGCCUUCGUGAUUUGCGUUAGUCAAUAAGUAGCAAAAAGUUCAGGUACUUUGAUUCAUAUGAAAGUUCAUCGUGGUCGUUAAUAUAACAGUAAAUAACUUAUUUCAAAAAUGAAUGUAGUGUAUGACUUUCUGAAAGGGCCUUCAACGUAGUUUUAAAAACCUUUGCUGGCUGAAAUAAUAAUAUAUAUUCUUUCAGAAUGUUUGUUUGCACUUCAAAGGCAUGUUAAGAUAAAGAAACCUGUUGCAUUUAACAUGUAGAAGAUAGUGCCAGCUCUAUCCUUUGAAUACUACUGUUUUCAUUCGCAUUGAAUUGAAUAUUUUUUAGUUUCACUAAAUAUUUUAUGAAGCAUUGUUAUUUCAGACCUGCGUUCCACGACACAACGGUACUUGCUAACUGCUUCCACACGUGUUUAUGGUUACACUUAGUUUUACAUUAUAUCGAUUCAUUAAAUUUGUCUUGGAUACUCAUUAUUUUGUUAAACUUCAAGAUGAACACUUGUUGAGCGUUCAAAAUUUUCGAUUUUAUCUUAGCAAAAAACAUUUAUGAAUAUAUCUUAUAAAAUAAUUUACAUUUUUGUGAUCAUUCUAUUGUGAUCUUUCUAUCACAAUUCUAACUUUGAGCACUGAUUAUUCCUUGUAAGAUAUAAGUCUUAAUAUGCGUAAAAAAGCUCAAAUUAUCAAAGUUCGCAAUAAUGUUAUCGAUUUUGGUCAUGAUUGGCAUGAUUGACGUGUAAUAUAGUUAUCCCGUACGCUAUACGAUUCAAUUGUUUGGAAUUUUAUGUUUUUUCAAUAAUAUUCAGGAUAUUCUGAAUGUUUGUAAAUGAUUUCGUGACCCGAGUGUUGGUAAUUUUAUUUUCUUAAUAAAUAGUUCGACAUUA